AUGGCAGCAGCUUUGAUCGGAGAGGCUCUCAUCUCUGCUUCUAUCGAGGUGUUGUGUGACAGAAUUGCUUCAGCUGAGUUCAUCGACUUAUUUCGGCAGAAGAAACUCGACGAACCACUCCUCAUGAACUUGAAGACGACACUGUUGACUUUGUUCGUGGUGCUCAAUGAUGCAGAGGAGAAGCAAAUUGUGAACCCUGCUGUGAGAGAGUGGCUUAACGAGCUCAAGCAUGCUGUCUUUGAUGCAGAGGACUUGCUGGAUGAGAUCGACACUGAAGCUUUGCGAUGCAAACUGGAAGGUGAGGAUCAAACCCACAAAUUAACCAAUAAGGUGUGGAACUUACUCCCUUCUUCUCGUAAUCAUUUUUAUCAAGGCAUGAAUGUUAAGAUACAAGAGUUGUUGCAAAUAUUAGAAAACUUUGUACAACAGAAAAUUGCUCUUGGUCUGGGAGAAGUUGCUAGGAGGAAGGUUUCACAUAGAACUCCAACAACUUCCUUGGUUCAUGAACCUUGUGUAUAUGGUAGAGAUGAAGUCCAAGAAAAUUUAUCAAAAGUGUUGCUAUCUGAUGAUGCAAGCAAGGAUGAUGUGUCUGUCCUCACCAUUGUUGGAAUGGGUGGGGUUGGCAAGACAACCCUUGCUCGAAUGCUUUACAACAACAAUAAGGUGAAAGGGCAUUUUACACUUCAAGCUUGGGCUUGUGUUUCAGAAGACUAUAAUGCUGUUAGAAUAACUAAAACUAUUCUUGAGUCAGUCACUUCAAAGCCUUGUAACAUGACAGAUCUGAAUUUGCUUCAAGUUGAAUUAAGAGAACAGUUGAGGGGAAAGAAAUUUUUAUUUGUGUUGGAUGAUCUGUGGAAUGAAAAUUAUGGUGAUUGGGAGCGCCUCCAAACUCCUUUUAAUUCAGGGGCAAGGGGAAGCAAAGUCAUUGUAACAACACGGAACAAAAAUGUGGCAUCUUUAAUGAAAAAUGUUCCCAUUCAAUUCUUGGAACCAUUGUCACAUCAAGACUGCUGGUUGUUACUUGCUAAACAUGCUUUUGGAAAUGAAAACUAUAGUGCAAAUUCAAACUUGGAAGGCAUUGGCAAGCAAAUUGCACUCAAGUGCAAAGGGUUGCCCUUAGCUGCACAAACACUCGGGGGUUUGUUACGUUGCAAUAUAGAUUCUGAGGAGUGGAAUAGAAUACUAAAUAGUAAUAUUUGGUACCUACCCUAUGGUACAACUGACAUUCUUCCGGCUCUAUGGUUGAGUUAUCAUUAUCUCCCCGCUCAAUUAAAACGAUGCUUUGUUUAUUGUUCAGUUUUUCCAAAGGAUUAUGAGUUUGAAAAGGAAGAUGUAGUUCAAUUAUGGAUGGCAGAAGGCUUAGUUACUCAAGUUGAUAAUGGGAAGAUUAUGGAAUCAGUGGCUAGAAAAUACUUUGAUGAGCUAUUAUCUCGGUCACUGUUUCAAAAGUCAAGAGAAUUCAGUUUCACAAUGCAUGACCUCAUUCAUGACUUGGCUAUGUUCAUCUCUAAGGGGUUUUGCCUUAGGCUGGAAGGGAUGGAAUCACGUGAAGUUAAACGAGCUCGUCAUUUGUCAUAUGCUAGGGGAGAAUUUGAUGUUGCUUCAAAAUUUGAGCCAUUAUAUGGGGCUAAGUGUUUGAGGACCUUCCUACCUACCUCUUUAAAACAAAAUAGAUAUUAUGAAGAAUUUUAUGUAAGUAAAAAGGUUCUACAACAUUUGUUGCCAUCACUAAGAUGUUUACGGGUGCUAUCAUUGUCACGUUAUCAAAAUGUCAUUGAGUUACCUGAUUCUAUUGGAAACCUCAUUCACUUGCGCUACUUGGAUCUUUCCCAUACCGCAAUUGAAAGGUUACCUGGGGUACUUUGCAAUCUCCACAACUUGCAGACGUUACUAUUGUCAAAUUGUUCCUCUCUCCUUGAAUUGCCUGCAGACAUCAGAAAAUUGAUUAAUUUACAAAAAUUAACGUUGGCAAGUUGUAGCUCUCUUACUAAAUUGCCUGCAGGAAUGGGGGAGUUGAUUAAUUUGCAUCAUCUUGAUGUCAGUGGAACUAAAAUUGAAGAGAUGCCGGUGCAAAUGGGAAGGCUGAAAAGUUUGAGACAAUUGACUACUUUUGUUGUGGGCAGAUCUGCCGGGUCAAGCAUAGGAGAAUUGAGGGAGUUCCCGCAGCUUCAAGGAAAACUUGCAAUUUUGAAGCUACAAAAUGUAGCUGAUGCUAGGGAUGCAUUGCAAGCCAAUUUGAAGGACAAAAAAGAUCUCAAGGAGUUAGAGUUGGCAUGGGGUGCAGAGGAUGCUGAUGAUUCCCAAAAGGAGAAAGAUGUACUUGACAAGCUCCACCCUUGCAUGAAUAUAGAGAUACUAACCAUCCGAUUCUACGGUGGAACCAACUUCCCGAAUUGGUUAGGAGACUCGUCCUUCUCUAAUUUACAAGUCAUGCAUCUGAGUGAUUGUAGUUAUUGUUGGUCACUGCCACCAGUUGGGCGGCUACCCUCUCUCAAAGAGCUCUGUAUAGAAAGAAUGAAGUCUGUUAAGAUGAUUGGCGUGGAAUUCUAUGGCAGAAAUGGAGCUUCUCUUAUUCAGCCAUUUCAAUCACUGGAGAAGCUAAAGUUUAUGGAGAUGGCAGAGUGGGAGGAAUGGGUACCAAGUGCAAGUGGAAGCGAAUAUGGUCCAGAUUUCCCUCGUCUCCAAGAGCUGAUUCUAGCCAACUGUCCGAAGCUGAGCAGAAGCUUGCCUUGUCAUCUGCCUUGCUUGAAGAAGCUUACGGUGUCUGGGUGUGAGGUUUUACAUGAUGAAGGGGCCAAUACUACAACAACCAGUAGUCUUAACUACAGUUCUCUUGAAGAGUUGGAAAUCGAAGGUGGAUGCCAAAAGGGUCUGUUAUCAUUACUCGUGGAAAUUGGAAAUUUCGUUGACACACAAUGCUUGCCCAAUCGCAAUUGUCUCCAACGUUUGAGUCUCCGGAAUUGUCCAACGCUGUCUUCGUUCCCUAAUGAUGGGUUACCCACUACAUUAACAACACUUUAUAUAAAGAACUGUAAGAGAUUAGAAUUCCUACCUGACGAGACGUUGGCCAAAUUGACAUCGCUCGAAUCUUUGUGGAUAGAGAAUAGCUGUGAUUCACUAAGGAACUUCCGGGUGAGCAUUUUUCCCAAAUUGAAGAAGCUUGACAUUAGGGGUAGUGAGAAUCUGGAAUCCCUUUCCUUCAUUGAAGAAGGAGUUAAUGAGAAUCUCAGUCAUCUCAGAGAAUUGUUUAUCGAUGAUUGUCCAAAUUUGAUGUGUUUUCAAUGUCAGGGAGGAUGGCCCACUCCCAACUUGAAUGAAUUUACAGUCGGCGACUGCAAGAAUUUAAAGUCAUUACCCGAAGGCAUUCACACCCUCACAGCCCUUCGACUGUUGCAGGUGGAUGAUCUUCCAAAUCUGGAGUCAUUUGCAGAAGGGGGUUUGCCUCCCAACAUCCGAAAUUUGUUAACUCGUAGUUGUGAGAGGCUAAGGGCUCCAGUGGUAAAGUACUGGGGAUUGGAAGGACUUAUCUCCCUUGAAUUUUUUGUAAUUGGUGGCAGUAUCUUGGAGACAUUGCUCAAGGAUCACCUGCUUCCUACCACUCUUCGCCAUCUAGUUAUUAGUGGGUGUGACAGUAUCCAAGUCCUGCCAGGAGAAGGAGAGGGACUUCAACACCUCACUUCUCUCCAAACGCUAGGAAUUGACGCGUGUGACAACCUCCAAUUCCUGCCAGGAGAGGGACUUCAACAUCUCACUUCUCUUCAAAAGCUACAUAUUUGGAACUGUCCGAGUCUCCAAUUCUUGCCAGAGGAGGGUUUGCCGCCAUCUCUUUCUUUUCUGCACAUCCUCAGAUGUUCUGCCCUGGAGAAAAGGUAUCAGAAUAAGACGGGAAAAGAUUGGGCCAAGAUAUCACACAUUCCUUGCAUCAAGAUAAAUGACCAAGUCAUCAUCAUAUGA